GAACCGCUUCCGCUACCCCCAUCACCACGUCUAGCCUCCCCGCCCCGACGAACACGCCCCGCCUCCCAUGCCGCCGCCCCGCCUCGCCGCGCCCUUCCCCUGAGAGCGCGCGCGCCCACGCCGAUCGCGCCGCGCCGAGCCGCGCCGGCCAUGGCUCCCGCGGCCCUCCACCUGCUCGCGAUCCUCUGCCUCGCGUCGCUCCUCGCCGGGGCGGCGGCGGCGUCGGCGGGGUGCGGCGUGAACACGAGCCUGGAGGGGUACCGCGCGGACCUGCGCAUGUCGCAGCACCAGCUCCGCGGCCGCAUGGAGGUGCUCGACGGCUGCUCGUUCCGCGUCGCCGCGCUCGACCUCCUCCCGGGAUCGGCCUCCGCGCGGUGGUGGCGCGCGGACGGCACCGACCUCGACGCCCUCGCGCGCGGCGAGCCCGCGGCCGCCGACCCGCUGGAUCGCACCUUCCGGUCCGAGUCCCUCGUGUUCCGCCUCCUCCCGGGCGUCUCCUGGCCGCGCGUCCCCGUCCUCGCCGCCUACGACCCCCUCACCUCCUCCCUCUUCGGCUUCGUCCGCCUCUCCGCCGGUGCCAACGCCUCCUCCGAUCCCUCAUCCUCCUCCGCGUCCGCGGCGCCCACCAUGCUCGACUCCUGCGCGCAGCUCUCCCCGCGCUUCCGCGUGCGGUGGACGCUCCACGAGGCGAACAACUCCGUCGACAUCGGCCUCGAGGCGGCCGUCGGGUCCGAGUACUACAUGGCGUUCGGGUGGGCGCAGCCCGGCGUGGCCGAGGCGUCCGUGAUCGGCGCCGACCUCGUCGUCGCCGGCUUCACCGAGGACGGCCUCCCGUUCGCCGACGACUACUACGUCACCAACAACAGCGAGUGCCUGCUGCGCGAGGACGGCUCGGUCGAGGGCGUCUGCCCGGACACGAUCUACGGCCGCAACGGCUCCGCCGCCCUCGCCAACGACACGCGCCUCGUCUACGGCCACCGCCGCGAUGGCGUCUCCUUCGUGCGCUUCUCGCGCCCGCUGGUGUCCAAGGACAGCAAGCACGACGUCGCCGUGAACGCCGCCCGGAACAUGACCGUCGUCUGGGCGAUCGGGCUGCUGCGGCCACCGGACUCGCUCCGGCCGUACUACCUGCCGCUGGUGAGCCGCGGCAGCGCGUCCGCCGGCACGGCGUUCGCCUUCGCCAAGCUCAAGCUGUCGGACGCCGGCAGCGGGUGCGUAGGGCCGCUGGACGCCGACGACAAGGAGGACCAGGCGAGGAUCACGUCCGAGCGCAAGACGCCGCUGGUCGUGACGGUGGGACCGGCACUGCACUACCCCAACCCGCCCAACCCCGACAAGGUCCUCUACAUCAACAAGAAGGAGGCGCCCCUGCUCAAGGUGGAGCGCGGCGUGCCGGUCACCUUCUCCGUCGAGGCCGGGCACGACGUGCCCUUGUACAUCACGUCUGACCCUGUCGGCGGCAACGCCACGUCCAGGAACACGCCCGAGGUCAUCUACGCCGGCGGACCCAAGGCGGAGGGCGUGCCGGCAACACCGACGGAGCUCGUCUGGUUGCCCGACCGGAACACGCCGGACCUGGUGUACUACCAAUCCUUGUACGAUCAGAAGAUGGGCUGGAAAAUUCAGGUGGUUGAUGGAGGACUCAGCGACAUGUACAACAACAGUGUGCUACUGGACGAUCAGCAGGUGACAUUCUUCUGGACUCUCUCUGGCGACUCCAUUAACAUUGCUGCGCGAGGUGAGAAGAAGAGUGGCUACCUUGCAAUCGGCUUCGGUAGCGCAAUGGUGAACAGCUAUGCUUAUGUUGGGUGGGUCGACGGCAAUGGCAAGGGGCAUGUCAAAUCUUACUGGAUCGACGGGAAGGACGGGAUGAGUGUGCACGAAACACACGAGAAUGUUACACACAAGAGAUGCCGGUUGGAAAAUGGCGCCAUCAUAUUUGAGUUCACUCGUCCGUUAACACCUUCGUGCAUUGGAAGGGUGGAAUGCAAGAACUUGAUCGACCCGACCACUCCUCUGAAGGUCAUUUGGGCAAUGGGUGCUCAGUGGUCAUCAGGCCCCCUGAGUUUGAAGAACAUGCACUCGGACACAAGCAAUCGUCCUAUCAGGAUUCUUCUGUUGAGCGGUUUGGCUGAGGCAGUGGAGGAUCUGCGCCCGGUGCUUGCUGUUCAUGGGUUUAUGAUGUUUGUGGCAUGGGCUAUUUUGUUCCCAGGGGGGAUCAUGGCUGCGAGAUACCUGAAACAUCUGAAAGGCGAUCUCUGGUUCCAGGCCCACAUCUAUCUGCAGUAUUCAGGCACAGCAGUAAUGCUCUUGGGCGUUCUGUUUGCAGUUGCUGAGCUCCGAGGUUUCUCUUUCAAGUCCAGACAUGCUAGAAUUGGUGCGGUAGCGUUUGCAUUCGCAUGUGCGCAGCCAAUAAAUGCGUAUCUUAGACCGUAUAAAACUGAGAAUAGAGAACCGUCAUCAAGAAAUAGGAUCGUUUGGGAGUAUCUGCAUCUUUUUACCGGGAGGUCUGCUGCCCUUGCUGGUAUCGUGGCUCUCUUCACAGGCUUGCAGCAUCUUGGGCACAGGUAUGGCAGUAAGAACAUCAAGGGACUUACUUGUGGGCUAAUCUUAUGGUUUUUAAGCAUUGCUUUGGUAACGGCUUAUUUUGAGUACUUGGCGAUUAAGCGGAGAAGAGAUGGCACUGAUGGCCUUUCAGGAAAAUGGGUGCUUGGCAACACCGAGGAAGAUGAUACAGUUGAUCUUUUGCAAUCAGACAGGGUAGUCAGUAAAAUGGAAUCUAAUUCAUCAUCUGAGCCUAUGGAAGUACAGCUUGAGCCACUUAAAGGAUGAGAUACUCUUUUCAGUAUACAUGUCGAUUAAAAAAAAAGGAUUUUAGUUCAAAUUCUUUAUAGGUAGAACAAGCAGAUGAUAUACUUCUCAGGAUAAAAGAGGGUUCAGUUCAUAUUCUUUUUUGAUAUAAGGAAAUGGUGAGAUUCCCAUCUUUGACUUCUUGAGAGGUAUUUACCACAUGGUGUAGAAUAUAUUUUUCUUGUUUUCCGGAGCUUAUUAGGCCCUCUUGUCUUUAAUCUCCUAACUUCUUAGCGACCAUGUAUGUAUCUGCACAAUUUUGGUAUAGUUGAGACCGAAAGAGGAUACAAUUAUUUUUGAAAGAUCCUGAGAAUUUUAUGAACCAUUUUUGUAUAUGGAGUCCUGACAUCUUUUAGAUGAUAUUGUGAUUUGUUAUAUAUUAUGGUUUAGUAUACAUUAUAUGUUACUUGGAACUAAAAAUAACCAUCCAAUGAAAUCGCAGCGCCUGUACUGUAGUGGAACUAGUGAUCCACAAUUUAUCUGUGGCUAGUGGCUACAGUUGUCUGUUGUGCUAUUUUUCACAUUCUUAAUCAUUAGGUUCAUGGCAAUAUACGCCAACCUGAUGCUUUGGUGCAUUUUUUGCUUCCUGUUCAAAUUGGCCAAAUGACCAGAAAUACAUUUACAUCCAUACUCGUACUCACCCUUAUCAGCCAAAACAUGGAUUUCCCUUUUGCUACCGUGACAAGCAGGUCUGUUUGAAAGUGGUUGUCCACUUAUCUUGCAAUUCCACUAACGUGUUGCAGGUUGUUGACCCUGAAGAUCGUCCACUACAACGAUGAGUUGGCUCCAAUCUUCUUCAAGGAAAACAGAGCAGGUCCAUAUUGUUUCAGUUAGGUGUUGGCACUCCGUCAGAUCUGGAUCCCUUGUUGGUUGGCUUGCCACCUUGUUAAGACACCAGGGUUAGGUGAUGUCUGGUGAAGGGACAAAAUCAGCAGCAUGUUACAUGAGUCCCUUUGUCCUUUGCCAUGAAGGGUCUUUGGUCUUGUCUUUGCCAUGAAGCUUAGUGGCCAACAUGUUGCAGUUGCACAAGUCCAGGCAUUGCUGAGUUUUGUAUGGCCCAACAACGAACGGGAAAGUUCUUCUGGUUCAAGUGGAUGCAUAUGCUGCUCUGGAGUUUGGGUUUCUGGCGUCUAAACUGUUGAUAGCAUUAUUAGAGAAACAAAGCCCAAGCUUAGCCUCGGAAGGACUGGGCCAGAUAAAGGGAGGCUAUCCUCUGAUGGUCUUCCAUGCUUCAACAAUACUGUGCUCUAUAUGUCAGAGCCUGGAAGCAGUGGCAGCAACACAUUUGGAAUCAGUUUUAGCCAUGGUUCAAGGAAGGGCAAAUGUGCAUGUGUGUUUUAGGAUCUAGUGGUCCUAAUUCCUAAAGGAAAUCACCCUGGGUGUUCCAGACAUAGAAAGCCAAGUGACUCUGAAAUCUUAUUUCCUAAGAUAUGUUGUAAUGUUUUACCCUGACAACUGUUAAAUGUAUAUGUGAAUUGCAGAUGAUAAGAAUCAUAAUAGCUCCUGCCAUGUUAGCUUUGCUUCUCCUGCA